GUGAAAUUUGGAACCUGUAACACUCCCAAGCCAGGCUUCUUCGAUUUUGAGGGAAAGCAGAAAUGGGAGGCUUGGAAAGCCCUGGGAGACACCAGCCCUCAUCAAGCUAUGCAGGAGUAUGUUGCUACAGUGAAAAAACUGGACCCCAGUUGGAAUCCCCAGACGACAGAGAAGAGAGGAAAGGAAAGCAAAACUUCAUUUGGAGGCCCAGUUGUCAGCUCAUUAUAUCAAGAAGAAACAAUCAGGGAAGAGGACAAGAACAUUUUUGAUUACUGCAGAGAAAACAACAUUGACUAUGUAACUAAAGCCAUUCGAUCCAAAAAAGUGGAUGUGAAUGUCACAGAUGAGGAGGGCCGGGCUCUGCUCCACUGGGCGUGCGACAGAGGACACAAGGAGCUGGUUUCAGUACUGUUACAGCACGCUGCUGACGUUAACAGCCAGGAUGGGGAGGGCCAGACUGCACUCCAUUACGCUGCUGCCUGUGAGUUUUUGGAUAUCGUGGAGCUGUUGCUGAAGUUGGGAGCGGACCCUACACUCCGGGACCAGGAGGGCUGCUUGCCAGAGGAGGUGACAGACUGUAAAGCCAUCACUUCUGCUCUGCAGCAGCACACCGCCGGCAAGACCUAA